AUGAUGUUCGGAGAGUUAAAGCCGAAAUUAUCUAGCGCUUGCUUGCUUAUGUCACUUCCAGAAGAUGUAAUUGCUGUUAUCUCUCAUUUUCUUUCUCUAAGUGACAUUUGCAAUCUAAGCUUUUGCUGCAAAAGCCUCUGGGACCUCGUCAAUUCCGAGAAGACAUGGCUUGUGCAGUGUGAGCUUGUAAAGGUUCUUCCUUUAUCUGAAAUAAUCCAAUGGCGAAUUGGUAUCUCUUCUUACAAGGCGCUUUGUCGGUUUCUUGUUAAGGUAAUUAAGCCUCUGAUUGGGGUUUGGGUUAACCAAAACCCUGAACUUGGCAACGUUGUUUACGUGAUGUCUGGUUUCUUGUCUGUUGUUGGUUGCCGGAUAAUUCCACAAGAGGUUGGUCCUUUGGGGAUUAAGGAGGGUCUGGUUAUGUGGUCACCGGUGUUUGAGAUAAUCUGUGGUCUUGAUGGCUCUGCCGAGUUUUUCCUCCAUGGAAGGGACAGAGAAGGAAGUUGCGUGUAUCCCGGUUCCGUUACGAGCAUCAAUAAGAGUUGCAACGAGCUUCUUCUCGAGGUCGAGCCGAGGCGAGAGAAGAAGUUGUGCAGUGAGAUUGAGAGAGAAGCAUUAACAAAGGUGUUAUUAGGGGAAAACAAGAGAGGGGUUCCAUUUUGCAAGUUCGCUUUUAGCGAUAGAAGAAAGUUACUCAAACUGGUGACAAGUCAUGUAGGUGUACACGUACUUGAACCAUCAAUUGGAAGGUUAUUUCCCACUUCGAAAUAUGAUGAAAGGAUGUUGUUGGAACGCAGAACCAUGUUCCUUAAAAUGAACCUGGAUGAGGACGAGUUGUGUUACAAUUCCAUAAAGGUAGACAUAAAUGAGAUGUGGGAAAAUCUCAGUGACGACAGAGAAAGUCAGAUUGAGGUCGCAGUCUCACCAAAGAAGAGCUUUAGAAGGUUUUUAGGAAUUGGUAUCAAGCAUGUUCUAGGAAAGUCUAGUUCUUCGAAGAACACACCUUCGAGCAGUGAGAUUAAAGAUUCGACAAAGAACACACUUCCGAGAAGUGAUUCGAAUCGCCAAAGCUUUCUUAACUCCGAUGAUACAUUCGGUCUUAGUCUCAAAGCUUCCUACACUAAUAUGUCCUCUUACAAAGGUUGGCCAAUCAUGCCCCCAGAGAUCUAUGCUCUUUAUAAACUACCAAUAAAGAGUCACAUGAAGAACCAAAAGUACACAGGUUUGUGGGGAGGAACAUUUGGCUGGCAACUUGGGAACUCUAUUGAAGAUAAACCUAGGAAUGCUCUUUACUUACUCAUGCUCUCUUAUGGAGGACCGGAUGAGCAUAUUGAUCAUGGGACUAGUGAUGAGAGACAUCUUAUUGCGACGAAAAUACUCGAAGGCACUCACUAUGUGGAACAUCCCAAUGGAUCCACAAUGUUUGUUGUAAAUAUCGACAAGCCAUCCCUUGAGCCUUUUCCAUUUGAUACAAAUGGAGGAUGCUUUCAGCACUCUUACACGGGAGAGGGUAUUGCGGAUGGAUAUGGGUUCCGUUAUCCGGGUUCUAAACCUGGUUCGCUUUACGUGAUCUCUGAUGAUCUUCUUGCAUUCGUUUGGCAGGAAACUAGAGACGUGUUUAGAUUGCAAAGACUAAACCUUGAAGAGAUUUUGAAGAAAGGCUUAGGUUUGUGCGUGCCUCCUCUACCACCAACUAAGAACUUUACUUAUAUGGAAAGAUCUUACGGAAACGUGUUUACCAAGUCAUCGAGCUCUUCCUCUUCCUCUUCCUCCGAGUAA